UGUUUAACGGAGCGACCCGCUGCAUUUUGCUGCAAAGUGAUUGGCUACAAGGCAGUGAACGUCAUCGGCUUUUAAAAUUUCAAAACAGAUCGUUUGUGUUGUGGACGUGUGUCCUCGGAAGACUGGAGCAAUAUUAGAGGUUUUGCAGGAGUCUGUACAUUUUUGGGGCAUAAUGGAGGCGUUUGGAGACCAUCUCAAGCUGGUGGUGAAGACCUUCAGGAGAGAGUGUCACAGGGUUUUACAGUCUGAGAGGACCACCGUUCACGGAGCCGAUGGCAUGCUGAUGGUGCUGCAGCUGGCCAUGGCAGAAGUGAACAAACAGCACGGCGGAGACUUCAAAGUGGCUCUGAGUGAUGCCCUGAUGGCCUGGAAGCACUUAUUGUUAGACAAACUUCACCUGCCACCCGCCAACUUUGCACGCUUGGAGAACUAUGAUCUCAUCCGGGAGGCGUACGAGGGCUUCCUGAAACGCUCCAACACCGUGGACCUGGUUGAUGUCCUCACCAUGUACAAACAGCUGAGACUAGACUCUGAUCCAGAGGAGCCUUUGAGCCCGACCCAGCUGUUCGACUUCUUAUCUGGGAACAUGGAGUUCCCAGAGUUGCCAGACACGUCGGUCCUAUCAACACCGUCUGGUAAAGGCAGACCCCGCUGCUCACAGGUUAAAGUGGCGAUAAGAAGGGUUUUCUGCUCAUACCUGAAUUUACUGGUAAACUCCAAGAACGACAUGGCCUUGGCGCUGACCCUCGACGUCCCGAGCCGCGCUCUUGGCCGAGAGGCGUUCACUGACAUCAAGCACGCCGCUCACAAUGGCAACACUUCGCUCCUCUUGGCUGUGAUGUCCUUCGUCAGGGCCAUCCAGCUCGGAGGGAAGGGCUACGCUCCGGCCGAGUCUGACCCACUCAGGAAACAUGUCAAAGGCCUGUCGGACUUUGUCCAGUUUCUAGACAACCUGGAAGAAAUACUGGGCGAGAUUCCGGACCCAAGCGUAUGUGGAGCCAGGCUGGUGACGGCCAUCAGAGCGGUGCUGGUGAAGGGACGCGGCAGUGGAGAUCCGGUGUACGCUGCAGCCGAAGAGACGACGAAGGAGCUGAAGGAAAGGAUCUGCCAGCUACACCAGAUCCAGAAGCAGACGGCUAAUGCGAGCGGGACGGGGAUAAGCCCCGCCAGGCCAAAGGUUCACGCCGUCAAUCACGCCACCGCGUUUGGGGGUCGGGACACGGUGAAGGUGCUGAUGGCGCUGCUGGAUGAAGAGGCCCUGACUCCGCCGUGUCCCAACAAGGCAGACCUGCUGUCCGAGGACCAGCCCGUCCUCAAUGGAGACGAGGGGACCAGCGUCCUUACGUUGUUCAGAUCCCCCGAAGUGUCUGCUGGAUGUUCUCCAGAACCCCUCAAGAACCGAGUCCAGAGCCGACUAGACCUGCUCAAACCCAAGCCCCGAGAGAGAGUCAUCCGAUCCCAGUUUGCCUGCACGUACAAAGAGGAAGAGCUGCCACUCAGCCGCGUGCUGGACUUCCCCAGCACCAGCCAGGUUCCUACCUGCGUGCACCCAGCACCCAAAAAUCCCCAGAUCACCUCGGCCCUGGAUGAAGAGUGCAGCUCUGAUGUGAAGGCAGCAGCCACAGCCAAGUCUACUUCUGGAUGUCCGAACAAGGAGCAGAGUGAGGUAGAGCAGGGGCCUGCUGCUCUCAAGCAAACGAGUGGAAAUGCCCAAAACAGAGGUGCUGGCCCGGGUAAUAGAAAGAAAACUGGCAUUCAGACGCAGAGCAAAGGUAACAAGAGGAAGCAGCUGGAAUCUGACCAACAUGGCGGAUCAGAGAAUGAGCCUCCGGAGAAGAAACAGGCCCCUCGUGCGUCCGUCAAAGUGCUUGGCAAGAAUGUCACAAAGGCCUCGAGUAAGAAGAAGCUGAUUGCUGGACAGGGAAAGCUAACCAGCUUCUUCAGAGUUUGAUCUUUUUUUCUUUUUUUUUUCUGCACUAAUUAUGAACUUUGAAUAAUUGUGGUUAUUAGGCAGCUGAAAGUUGUUCAAAUAGUUUCCCCCACUGACAAAUCUUGUAAGGGAAGUUAUGUCUCAAUCAGGGCUGCUACUAAUGAUGGUUUCUUACCUCAGUUAACCUCUUGACAGAAUUCAUUGUGUUUUAUAUUGUAGCUGAGUUUUAAUGAAAUAAAAACCUAUAUAUUCUUUUAAUACGUGCUCUGUAGAUACAUUGGAAAUAUUUCUUACUCUUUUGUAAGGAAUCUCUGUGUCACUAGAGCUAGUGGGUGUUUAGCUUAGAUUUUCAUGAAGACCAGAAGAAGAUGGAAGCGGCUAACCAGCUGCUAGCAAUAGCUUUAGCAUACAAGUCAAAAUAUGAUAUAUUAAUUAGUGCUUUUUGUCACAAGCUUGUUUGUAGGUGGAAAGUACUAGCAGACAACUGGCUUAAAUUAGCUUAAAGAUCAAAUGAAAAGGCUAAUCACCUUCUAGCAAAAGCAUCAAAUUUUAGUUUUUAUACAAAUGAAACAGCUAAGACAUAACAUUUUAAUUGACAAACUGCAAACGUUGGGGAGAUUUGGUUAUUUUAACAUCUCGUUUGCUCAUAUGCAGGCAGCGCUAGCAGAUAUUUCGGUUAGAUUAGUGUAAAUACCAGAAGCGGGGGAUAAAAACUGCUAACUAGCUGUUAGCUGUAGCUUCAUAUUUUGCUUUCAGAUCAAUUUUGUCCAAAUGAAACAACCAAAUCUUAUAUCUUGAUUUAAGUGACUUUGAGAUGUUUUUGACUAACAUUUAAGCUUUUGUCAGGAUGAAUACUAAUAUGCAGCUAAUGCUAGCACAUAGUUAGCGUAGACAGGUCUGUAUACCAAAAGUAAGGAGAAAUGGCUAACUAGCUCAUAGCAAUAGCUUAAUAUUUAGGUCACAGAUUUCUUUUUUCUUUUUUACACAAAGGAAACAACCAAGAAACAUUUCAAUUGUGACUUUUAACAAAUGCACGUCUGCAUGUAUGCUAAUAGAUGCUAGUGCUACGAAAUGGCACGUAAAGACAGAAAUGUUUAACCAGCUGCUACCAACAACCAUAGUGGAAUGUGUUAAUUAGUGAGUUUUAGAAAUACUUUUAAAGUACUUUUUAAGCAGAGCUAAUUGUGUUGAUUUAUGCUAAGCUAAUCACCUUGUUCAUGUUGGUUCGUUCGUACACAAGUGGUACAUGUUUUGCUAUCGAAGUCUCUUCCAAAACUGUUAAUUUUACUUCAUUUUAAUCAAUUUUGUUUACAAAUAUUUUGCAUUUUUCCUUAAUGUAAACUGUUAGGUGCCCACCUAGCGUAGUUCCCCUUUAGACGAUGUUUGUGAGAUUGUGGGUGGCUGUAAUCUGCUGUAAUAUAUGUGAGUUUGGUGUUGAUCAUUGCACUUUAUCAUUUAUAAUCUUAAAGGCCUGUGGCCAGUUGUAUUCAAUCACCACAGAGUCAACUCUUGUUUUUAUUAAACUUUUAUUUUGUUUCA